GAGAGUCGAUGGAGCAGAAGAUGAUCCGGGCAUUGGAGGUUUGGUCGAAGAGAUCAGAAACAACCAAGGAGAUGGAAUCGGGGUCAUCAGAAAGGACAGUGACUGAUAAGGGCAAGCAGCCGGCGAGAGAGGAAAGGGGCGAAAGAAGGGAGGUGCCCUUGUUCGAUAUGCGACUGAGGAAGCUGGAAAUACCGAUAUUCAAAGGAGAACCAGGUGAGGAUCCAAUGGGAUGGUUCCAUAGAGUUGAAAGAUAUUUUGUUGUGAACAGGUUAUCGGAGAAGGACAAAAUCGAGGCUGCAAUCUUGUGUUUGGAAGGAGAAGCUUUGGAAUGGCAUCAAUAGGAGGAAGAAAGGACGUUGAUGGAUACAUGGGCCAAAUUUAAAGAACAACUCCUGCUACGAUUCUUACCAGUCAAAGAAGAAGACCGGAGGGCACAGUUUCUCACCUUGAAGCAGGACGACAGUGUGCGAGCUUACCGGCGGCGAUUCGAGCAACUCUCACAGCCGUUGAAAGACCUAUUCGAUGAGACGUUAAAAAGCAAGUUCGUUAGUGGGCUGAAGGAAGACAUUCAAAUCGAAAUGAGGAUGUUCAAGUUGAUUGGGCUGAAAGAGAAGAUGAGAAUAACCCAAAUAAUAGAAGAUACGAAGGAGGCCCGAAGAAAGAAAUGGGGCAACCCGACUCCGGCAAAAUCAACAAGCGUGUCUUCAAACUCGGGACCCAACUCGACCACCUGUCAAACCGGCUCCAAUUCGAAUCAGAACACGCACGCAUCUGCCUGAACGAUCUCUCUCAACCCGACCCGCCCAUCAGUGAGAUGCAAAUCCGAAGGGACAAGGGACUCUGCUACCGUUGUGAGGAGAAGUAUACACCAGGGCAUCGAUGUAAAAAGAAGGAGCUAAGUAUUUUGCUUUACCACGAUGAGGAGGAAGGAGAUGAUAUCCUGGAAACAGAGGACGAACCAGUGGAGGCCAAGAUACCCAUGACAACUACCUUAGAAUCUAUGGUGGUGGAAGAUAGCGAACAAGAAGCAGCAAAGCUAUCCCUAAACUCUCUUGCAAGGAUCGAUUCACCUCGUACGAUUAAAGUCAGGGGAGCUAUAGGAGAUAGGGACGUGAUUGUUCUCAUUGACAGUGGUGCCUCACACAACUUCAUUGAUAACGAACUAGUAUCAGCCCUGAAACUGCCACAGACACCAACAUUGAGUUAUGGAAUUAUGCUGGGAACAGGGACAUUAGUGAGGACGACGGGCAUUUGCAAGGGGGUAAUUCUUAACCUUCCAAACUUAAUUAUUAUCAAUGACUUCUUUCCUUUGCCCCUGGGUAGUGCUUAUGUGGUGUUAGGAGUGCAAUGGCUGAUGACUUUAGGACAAGUCGAAUGCGAUUAGGGAACGUCCGAGAUGGAAUUUCAAGUAGGUGACUGGAGAGUACACUUGCAAGGGGACCAUAGCCUAUGAAAGCACAGAUUUCACUAAAGUCAAUGAUGAAAUUGGUAAAAGGAGGGGGCCAAGGUAUCCUUCUCGAGCUAAACUCGCUCAUGACUUUUGAAAGAAAUGGAGCAACACAGUCAAUAGUAGAGCUACAACCGGAAAUACAAGAGAUCUUAGAGAGAUACCAAGCCGUUUUUAGUUCAGUAGAAGGGUUACCACCAAUGAGACAUCAUGAACACCACAUCGAACUCAAGCCAGGGGCAGGUUUAGUGAAAGUUAGGCCGUAUAGAUACCCACAAUUCCAGAAGGACGAGAUUGAGAAGCUGGUAGAAGAGAUGCUCACUGCCGGGAUCAUUCAGCCCAGUGUAAGUCCUUUCUCAAGCCCGGUGUUAUUAUUGAAGAAGAAGGAUGGUAGCUGGCGGUUUUGUGUCGAUUAUAAGGCAUUAAAUCAAGUCACAGUACCAGAAAACUUCCCUAUUCCAAUGGUUGAGGAACUCCUUGAUGAAUUGGCUGGUGCACGGGUAUUCUUGAACAUUGACUUGAAGUCAGGAUACCAUCAAAUUCGAGUGGCUCCUUCAGACAUACACAAAACCGCAUUUCGCACUCAUGAAGGCCACUACAAGUUCUUAGUCAUGCCAUUCGGUUUGAGAAACACUCCAUCUACAUUUCAAUCGGUGACAUAUCGUAGGAUGAAGGAUGCCCUGAUACAAUUGAGCAAAGGGGUACAUAGAGGACCUGCUGCUGAUCUUAUUCCUGUAUUAUUUGGAGAGAGGCAACCAUCAAUGUCCAAAACUGAUGUUAAAUUCAAACCCUUCAACUCCAAUCUUGAUCACUCUCAGAAAGAUGCCAUCUCGAAAGCCCUAUCAGCAAAAAAUGUAUUUCUGCUGCAUGGUCCACCGGGAACUGGAAAAACCACAACAGUGGUGGAAAUUAUCUUACAAGAAGUAAAGCGUGGGUCAAAAAUUCUAGCAUGUGCUGCUUCAAAUAUUGCUGUCGACAACAUUGUUGAGAGACUUGUUCCUCACAGAGUAAAGUUGGUGAGAGUGGGACAUCCUGCUCGUUUACUUCCUCAAGUGUUGGAGAGUGCUCUAGAUGCCCAGGUCUUGCGUGGGGAUAAUAGUUCUCUUGCAAAUGACAUUCGGAAAGAGAUGAAGGCAUUAAAUGGGAAGCUUCUGAAAGCCAAGGACCGAAACACACGGAGAGAUAUCCAGAAGGAGCUUAGAACACUGUCAAAGGAAGAGCGGAAUAGACAGCAGUUAGCUGUAACAGAUGUAAUAAAAAGUUCAGAUGUUGUUCUAACAACUUUGACAGGGGCAUUUUCUCGCAAACUGAAUAAUAUUUCAUUUGAUUUGGUAAUAAUUGAUGAAGCUGCCCAAGCACUUGAAAUUGCAUGCUGGAUAGCUUUGUUAAAGGCCUCAAGAUGCAUUCUUGCCGGAGACCAUCUUCAGCUUCCUCCAACAAUCCAAAGUGUCGAAGCAGAGAAGAAGGGACUGGGAAGAACCCUAUUUGAACGCCUGGCUGAAAUGUAUGGAAAUGAAGUGACGUCUAUGCUUACCGUCCAAUACCGUAUGCAUGAACUUAUCAUGGAUUGGUCAUCAAAAGAGCUUUAUGAUAGUAAGAUCAAAGCUCAUUCAAGUGUUGCUGCACAUACGCUUUAUGACCUUGAGGAUGUGAAAAAGACAUCAUCAACUGAACCUACCCUUCUGCUCAUAGACACAGCUGGGUGUGAAAUGGAAGAAAAGAAGGACGAAGAAGAAAGCACCUUAAAUGAAGGUGAAGCUGAGGUUGCUAUGGCUCAUGCAAAGAGGCUGAUCCAAAGUGGCGUUCAACCUUCUGAUAUUGGAAUUAUAACUCCUUAUGCUGCACAGGUUGUGUUACUAAAAAUGUUGAGAAGCAAUGAAGACAAACUAAAAGACAUUGAAAUCUCUACAGUUGAUGGCUUCCAAGGAAGAGAGAAGGAAGCUAUUAUCAUCUCCAUGGUCCGAUCAAAUUCAAAGAAAGAGGUAGGGUUCUUAAGCGACCAUAGACGAAUGAAUGUAGCUGUGACUCGAGCAAGAAGACAAUGUUGUCUGGUUUGCGACACCGAUACAGUAACUCAUGAUGCAUUUUUGAAGCGCCUAAUCGAAUAUUUUGAAGAAAAUGGUGAGUAUCUUAGUGCCUCUGAGUAUCAGAAUGAAUAAUAUAAGUUUCAGGUAAUGUUUUCCAUUUAGGCUGGUCUAGGGGAACUGUUAUCUGAAAAGUGGAAUUUAUUGAAUUUUCAAGUUUCUCCAAACAGCAGAAAAUUUGAUGAUCUAGUAUUUAUAUAGAUGAUGUUUCAUUAUA